AUGCCUGUCGGUAAUGAUACGAUCACAACAUUACCAGCAUGGCUUCAGAAUAUACGUAGUGAAGCAUAUAGCAUCCUCACACAAUAUAAAAAUAUUGUGAUCCAUCGUGCAAAGCUGGCUUUGCUCUGUUCGGAAUUAUUGGCAUUUCAUAAAUCUCAAAUAAACGUUCCGAAUAGACAAGUCACACCAGGCGAAAACACAAACUUACAGCUCUUAUCCAAGCUCAUCACAGAUAUGAGAAAUGUUUUUAUCAGCUUUUCAGAACAGAAUUUUCUUCAAGUUCUUAUAAAAGCAAAUCCAUGCAAAUUCAUUAACCAACUUAAUGAAUUCCGUGUUCAAUUUAACAAGUGCUGUAUCGAGCUGAAUUUCACUAAAAAUGAGCCUUGCCCAAUUAAUCCAAUCCAAACUCGCAUUGAUGAUGCAUCAGAUAUGGCAGGCAUCAUCGAAAUGAUCGAUCUUGCUCUCGAGACGCAAGCAAAUCGCUUUACAGCCGAGCAAAAACAAGUUUUCGAAUUAAGAAAGCAAGAAUGCAUCGAAGCAGUUGAAAAGUACAACGAAAUCGAGGCAGCAUCCAAAGAACAGAAAGACCAGCUUCUCAGAAACAUGACAGCCGAAGAAGUUACUGAGAAUUUGAAAGAAUUCAAAGAAUGGAAUAUCAAUCCAGACGAUUUCGAAUUACAAAAGCGCUUAGGUUCAGGCACUUUCGCCGAUGUAUACCUCGGAUAUCAGAAAUCUACAGGUCUUCUCGUUGGAUUUAAGAAAUUAAAGACACAACAAUUCAAAUUCCACGAUUUCCAGAUGUACAAGCGUGAAAUACAAAUUUUCUCCUCUCUGAAACACUACGCAAUUCUUCCUUUUGUCGGUGCAUCAAUCCAACAUCCAUAUUGCUUAGUCACAGAGUUCAUGUCCAAUGGCAACUUGUUCGAGCGCCUCAGAAAAGCUACAACUCCGUUCGACGGAACCAGGAAAACCAUAUGCGCGUUAGGUAUUGCGGAAGGUAUGGCUUACAUGCAUUCCAAGAACAUAAUGCAUAGAGAUCUCAAGUCUCUGAACAUUUUGCUCGAUUCCGAUGACUUCCCGAAAAUUUGUGAUUUCGGAAUGUCAAGAAACAUCGAAGGAGCUGAUGUUUUGACCGGCGGUAUCGGUACGUACAGAUGGAUGGCCCCAGAAGUGCUUGAUUCCAGACCUUAUACGUUCAAAGCAGAUGUAUACAGUUAUGCGAUCGUUCUUUGGGAACUUUUGACUCAGGAUGUACCUUUCCAUGGCCUCAGCGAAAUCCAGGUAUCCAUGAAUGUCAUCCAGAAAGACGCCCGUCCACUAUUUCCACAAAAUUGUCCGCAAAAGAUUGUCAAACUGAUCAAGAGAUGCUGGGACAGGGAUCCAGACCAAAGACCAGACUUCGAAACCAUCGCGAAAAUGUUCAAAUGCGGACUAAUUAGUUUUCCAGGUACAAAUCAAGACCAAGUCAACGCCUACAUCAGCCAAUUCUCCAGUCACGAGAGCAAUCUUGGCGAGUUCGACAUAAACAAGGUCACGGAGAAGAGUAUCGACCAAAUUAUUAUGGAAAUGGAAGGAGAACAGACAAUUUCAACUGCUCUUGCCAAGCUUAAGCUUAUUGAUGAUAAGAACAACUGGCAGAACCUUUUGAGGAACUCAGAAGUCAUCAGAGCCAUUGUUGAUCAGAUGAAAUCCUGCAGUUUGGCACAGACAUCAUUUGACUUAGUCCAAUGCUUCUAUCCUUUAUCGUGCGAUUCCGUUAUGUGCCAAUCCUUCGUCAAACUCGGUGGAACUCAAGCACUUCUUGAAUUAAUUCUCAAAUUCGGUUCCGCGAACAUGCCGAAAGCCAUUGAAUCACUUACAAACGUCAUGGCUAUUGACAACAACGUCAAACUCACUGCCGAACACUUUGCAAAACUCGCAUCUUUCCUCGGUACAACAGAAUUAUCCAUCAGAAUCAGUUCCACGGAUCUUUUAUCACUUGUUGUCCGUCGUAGAGCCUUCGAAACAGACACAGCGGUGAUUUCGAUCAUUAAUUCCGUUCUUGGCAACGCAAUUCGUGAAGCCAAGCUUGAACUCCUCAAAGCGACACUCAAAUUGAUCAAACUCCUUCUUCCUUACCAGAAAGCGAUCAAUUUCCUUGCAAGAGGCGAAGGUCCAACGACAAUCUUAGAUAUCCUACAACAUGAUGACGAAGAAGUCCUCUGCGACACGUUAGAUAUCAUGAGAGCAUUGAUUGGAGAGAUCCAACAACCACAAAAAGCCAUACAAUCGUAUUCUUCCUUGUUUGUAAAAGUUGUUUCUCAUGGAAGUAUACAAUUAAUGACAAAAGCAUUGUAUGUUGUUGGUGUAAUUGUUCAUUCUCCAUUUGCUUUCAAGUUAUUUAAUGAUUCUGAACCAGGUUUCCAACAGUGUCUCAAACAAAACAACACAACAAUUGCUGCUUAUUCAUUGCAAUUGAUGUUUGCUUUGUUAUCUAAUCAGAGCUCUUUCCAAGCGUUCUCUGGACUUGGUGAAUACAUUGUUCCCCACUUGAACAGCGACAAACCAGGAAUUGCAGCUUUGGCAGCGUCGUGUUUGACAGUAAUCAUAAUGAAUUUGCAAGAUAAAGUUCAAGGAAAAGUUUUCGUUGAAACUUUGGCAAAUUUUGUCAAAACCGCUUUAAAUAAUGACAUUUUAAGACAACCAGCGUUGAGACUUACUGGUGUAGUUUCUAUGUCAUUUGCUGGAGCCAAAUUCUUGGAUAACAGCGGCUGCAUUCCUUUGUUGCAGAGUUGUCUGUCAAACAGUGAUUGCGAAACGAGAAAACUCGCGUUCAUGGCUUUCGCUGCUUUCACACAGAGUUAUCCAUUGUCUGCAAACGCAAACAACGCUGUUGAUGACUUCGUGAAGGCACUGGAUGAUGACAAGGUCGCUCCUUACCCGUUGAUCUGCAUAAGAUGCAUAACAAGCGAUCCUUGCGGUGCUUUGCAUUGCGUGCAACACAUCAACAGAAUUACGAAACUUUUCGAAAAUGAUGAUGAUGAAACAUUGGAAACAACGUUUUCUACUGUUGAAAACAUUGUUUCUGAUCCAAGUAGUGCAGGAACAUUGGAUACAAACCAUGACAUCAAAUGCGUUGUGCAGGCAAUGUCGAAGUUCACUUCUAUUCCUGCAUUUAGAGAAAGAGCACUCGCGAUUUUGGAUGAAGCAUCGAAAUUCCACUACGGAAGAGCUGCUCUCAGAAAGUACCAGAUUGUGGACUUCUGCAAGGAACAGAUAAACAACUCGUCUGUGCCUUCAACACUCAAGAAGUACUACGUAAGAAUUAUAUCUAGAACAAAAGCUUCUGAUUCUGCUGACUCAAAGAAAUCUUAA